AUGAACAAGCCUAAAAAUCUACGAGUAACAGGUGCAUACUAUAACUGCAACGUCAUUGGACAUCUAGAUCGUGAUUACUCAUCUCCAUGUCAAGACUAUAAUAGCACGAAGCAUAAGCGCUACUUCGGUCCAGUCAAACUCGCAAAAACAAAUUGUGGUAGACGUACGCCAUACGAUGCGCGCGCAAUCACCAAUGGAGAAUCUGCUGCUCUGUUAAUGGGAAUUACAGAUGAUCUUUGUGAGGAAAUAGUUGGAAAAGUGUUGAUGGUCAAGCGUACUAGCGACAAUGCUGAAAUCUCAAGAAAUAAUAUUGUCAAAAAGAAAUUGCGUAGCCAAGUCGCCAAGGGAGUUGGAGAGCCGCCCUUACCUAUGGAAACUAAACAGAAGGACACUGAAAAUAUUUUCCGCAAGGUCACUGAAGCCACUACUUCCACGACUGAAGAAAAGGAUGAUGAAAAGAACAGCUGCAUCAAAGAGGUCCGGUUGAAUUUCGACGACUUCCAUUGCGACCCAACUCGUGGUACUCGCACGACAGACGAUGAAGAGAUAAUUGACAAUGAAGCUAACCAUGAUUGUGCUUAUUCCAGGGUUGAGAUAUUUAAUCCCAAUGAUGAUGCGUCCCCCCCUGAAACCAAAACGCCCACAGCAAGUUUGGUUAAACAAUUAAGACAGAACAAGGUGUUCCAGUUAUCUUUCGAUGACAUUCCAAAGUUGGACCUUGAUUCUAUUGUAACUCGAGGAAACCACGCUCCAAAGAUCAAAAGAAAAAUUGGGAAUAAGGAGUAUAACUUGAUCUGUGACACUGGAUUUGCGUUUGGUAAAAACAGGGACAUGAUGGUAGGAGAUGGCAGAAAGAUGUUGGCCAAGGGUAUUAUUAACGACUUGAGCGUUGACGUCUUUCCUGGGCGUCAUAUCAAAACUAGUGCAUUAUGUUUGGAUUUGCCUCCAAAAUCCUAUAGGUUCUUACUGGGACACAUUGUUAUGGCGGAACUGGGUAUUGGUGUUGAUUUAGCCACAUCGCAUUGGUAUUUGCGAGAUUAA